AUGAGCGUCCCUUUCGAUAAGUCGACAAGCAUGCCCCCCUCCUUGGCUGGCGCCAAGGGUAGCGACUUGCCUCCAUUGGUGACUGACAAGCCCCCUCGUGUGCUCAUUGCUGGCGGUGGUCUGGGUGGGCUUUUCCUUGGGAUUCUUCUGGAGAAAGCAGGCAUCCCUUACGAGAUCUAUGAGCGGUCGGCCGAGAUUAAGCCUCUAGGCGCCAUCAUGUGUCUUUCACCCAACAUUCUUGCCGCUAUCGAGCAAUUGGGACUCUAUGAGGAACUGCUGGCGAUUUCGAAGCCCAUGCGCGGGGGCAGAGCAAUCCUGACGGACAAGCUGAAGCCCAUUGCCGACAUCACACCAAUUGACAAUGACAUCUUUGGAUACGAACGCCUCCUAUUCCCUCGUCCAGAGUUUCAUAACCUGUUGUUCAGCAAGAUCCCCAAGGAAAAGAUACACCUGUCUAAGAAGGUUUUGUCCUUCCAGCAGAACCAUGAAGGAGUCAUGGUACGAUUCAGCGACAACACCACUCUCCAUGGCGACAUUCUCGUUGGUGCGGAUGGAGCCCACAGUGCCGUUCGUCAGCACCUAUACAAGACGUUGACCAAGGAAGGCCUCCUCCCCAAGUCUGAUAACUUAGAGAUGAAGAAGGGGUUCAUAUCCUUGGUGGGAACGACUAAUGCCCUCGACCCUGAGAAGUACCCGGACGUUUUGAAAGAGGACUGUCAAAGUUAUGGUAUCAUUGGUGAUGGAAGUACUCCAUACACUUGGGUGACCUUUACCGUUCCAGGAAACAGGAUUUGCUGGAAUGUCGUUGUUCAGUUGGGUAUCACCGAGAUCGCGGACGACCAGUUCAGGACGUCAGACUGGGUCCCUCAACAGAACCAAAAGAUGAUGGAUUCGAUCCGUCAUUUCAUGACGCCUUAUGGUACUUUGGGCGACCUGUUCGAUGAGACCGAUAUUGAGCGAGUCUCCAAGGUGUUCUUCGAGGAUAUGCUUUUCGAGACAUGGAACCACGGACGCACUGUUCUGAUCGGCGAUGGUAUAUACAUUUUUUUUUCCUAUUUGCCGUUUUGCGCUCACUUACAUUGUAUCGGUUUCCACGACUAA